CACCGCCCGGUGGGCCUGCAGUGUCCUGACAGUAUUGUAGGAGUGGAAGCGGCGGUGGCUGGAAGUGUGGCCCCAGGAUGAGUCUAACCCCGCAGGUGUUUUGGGCACAGCGGCACCAUGAGCUGUAUCUCCGGGUGGAGCUCAGCGAUGUCCAGAGUCCUGAAAUCCACAUUUCAGAUAACACCCUGCAUUUCAAAGCUCUAGGACAUGGUGCUAAAGGAGUUAAUACGUAUGAAUUUUCCUUGGAAUUCCUAGAACCUGUGAAGCAGGAGGUUCAGCAACGGUCCACACAGCGCCAAGUUGGUAUCACUGUGAAGAAAUGCGAGAGCAAUUGGUGGCUGCGCCUGACCAAGCAGGAGCGCAAGCCAUUGUUCUUAUCCCCAGAUUUUGAUCGCUGGCUCGAUGAAUCAGAUGCCGAGAAGGAGCUGCACGACAAGGAACAAAGAAUAACAAAGAUCAGGACAGAAUCCAGAACACGUGAAGAUCCCUUCCUGUAUGUGAAGCGAGGUUACUUGUUUAUGUAUAACCUGGUACAGUUCUUGGGUUUCUCGUGGAUCUUUGUCAACAUGACUGUACGACUCUUCAUCCUGGGAAAAGACUCUUUCUAUGAUACCUUCCACACCAUGGCUGACAUGAUGUACUUUUGCCAGACACUGGCUGUCUUGGAGAUUAUAAAUCCCUUAAUAGGAUUGGUGAAAACUGGAGUCUUCCCGUCAGUGAUCCAGGUCGUGGGAAGAAAUGUCAUCCUAUUUAUUGUUCUUGGCCAACUUGAAGAGAUGCAGAAUAAGGGGGUGGUGUUUUUUGUGUUUUAUUUGUGGAGCACCAUUGAAAUCAUCAGGUACCCAUUCUACAUGCUUGCCUGCAUCGAUAUGGAAUGGAAACUGCUCACGUGGAUCAGAUACACCAUAUGGAUUCCACUUUAUCCACUGGGAGGUCUGGCAGAAGCUGCUUCCAUUGUUCAAGCGAUCCCUGUCUUCAAUGAGACAGAAAGAUUCAGCCUCCGGGUGCCACUUCUGAAUGUUGCCAUCAGUUUUUCAAUUUUUUUGAUUAUCUACCUGGUUUUCCUGGUAGCAGGGUUGGUUAUCAAUUGCCGUCACAUGAACAAACAAAGACGCAGGCGCUUGGGCAGACGGAAGAGGAAAAUGCACUGAAAGCAGCUUAUUUUUUUUUUUUUUU